CUUUAUGGACGUCAAGUGUCCCGGCUGCUACAGGAUUACCACAGUUUUCAGUCAUGCACAAGGCGUUGUCGUUUGCGCGGGAUGUGCAACGAUCCUGUGUCAACCCACGGGUGGACGUGCUAAACUGACUGAGGGUUGUUCUUUCAGAAGGAAGCCCCAGUAAGUUAAUUAGAUGUCAGCGCGAUUAUUAUUAUUUUUUUAAUAAACAAAAGAAUAAAACGUUUCACCCAAACAAGAGCA